CUCAGGGCACCACUCUCCUACUUCCUCAUUCGUCGCUAGUGACGUCAUCACCCAACUGGUGACCGCUGUUAUCAAGAUGGCGCUGCGGCCAGGAUCCGGAGGAGGCAGCAGUUUUAUGUAUCCUGUCGGAGGGGGCCUGGGACCGCCACAAGGUAUGGUGCCCAUGCAGCAACAGCAGCAGCAGCAGCAGCCGGGCUUCCCUAUGGUUCCAGUCAUGCAGCCCAACAUGCAAGGCAUGAUGGGAAUGAACUUCGGAGGACAGAUGCCCCCGGGUGCUAUUCCUAUGCAGGGCGGGAUGGCGAUUGGGAUGCAGACCCCUGGGAUGCAGUUCUUGGGUCAACCUCAGUUCAUGGGUAUGAGACCAGCUGGACCACAGUACACUGCUGACAUGCAGAAACAAAUGGCCGAGGAGCACCAAAAACGUCUGGAGCAGCAGCAGAAGAUGCUGGAGGAGGACAGGAAAAGAAGACAGUUCGAGGAGCAGAAACAGAAGCUGAGGCUGCUCAGCAGCGUCAAACCCAAGACAGGGGAGAAGAGCCGUGACGACGCCUUAGAGGCAAUCAAAGGCAACCUGGACGGCUUCAGCAGAGACGCGAAGAUGCACCCCACUCCAUCAUCACAGACUAAGAAGCCAGACUCAUCGCCAUCACACCCGUCUGUCACUACUCACUCCCUCCCCCAAGCUAUGUCCGAGGACAUUGACGAGUUUAGCGACUUUCAAGGGCCUGUAGACGGCCCCGCCUCCUUUCCUCCGCCUUCCUCCUCCUCCUCCUCCUCCACCACUUCCUCCACCUUCGGCCUCUCCUCACAGGCCCCCGUCCAGCCUUCAUCCUCUGCCCCCAAGACAGGUUUCCCCGAGGACGAUGACGACUUUAGUGACUUUGUUCAGGGACCUGUUAACGUUUUUCCCUCUUCUGACAUCCACCCCCCAUCUCAAGCCCAAGUCCAACCGCCAUUCCCUCCCUCACAACCCCACCCUCAGUCCCUCCCCACCUCUGUGUCCUUUCCCGCUGCCACCCAACACUCUGCUAUCAGCACCAGCUCCCAAUCUACACUUCAAGGCCCGUCCCUGGAAGAGAAGCUGUUCUCCUCGUGCGAUCUUACAGCUGAUAAGACGGCCCAGGUUAGCUUUAGGUCCAGGCAGAGUUUGGCUGAAAUGACUCCCCGAGUUAAAGUUUCAGCCCAGUUUCAGUCCAGCACUAAAGCGAGGAACUGGGCUGCCGCCCCUGAGGACUUGAGUUCUGUGUUCACCAAAGAAAAGCUUCCUGAGGCUCCGGUGUCUGCACCCAGUCACCCUCCAUCAGCUACUGGCUCUUCUCCUCAGACCAGUAGCGACAGUGCAGGUGUUGGUGUGUACCCACAACAAGAGCACAUUCAGUCCAUGCUGCCAGCCUGGAUUUACAACGACACCCUUGUCCCAGAAAUGUUCAAGAAGGUUCUUGAAUUCACCAUGACUCCGGCAGGGAUAGACACAGCCAAGCUCUACCCAAUAUUAAUGUCGUCAGGCCUUCCCAGGGAAGCAUUGGGCCAGAUCUGGGCGUCAGCCAACCGCACAACACCUGGCAUGCUAACCAAGGAGGAGCUUUACACUGUACUUGCACUAAUUGGAGUAGCGCAGAGUGGCCUCCCAGCUAUGAAUGUGGAAAUCCUUGCUCAGUUUCCUUCUCCACCUGUGCCCAACCUACCAGCCCUGGCUAUGGCCAUGGCCCCCGUCAUGCCCCAGCACCAGCAGCCCAUGAUGACCCAGCCCCCUGUCUCCAUGGCCAUGCCGACGCCAGCACCAUCAGUCAUGGCCAUGACGCCGGCGCCGGCAGCAGCAGCAGCAGCAGCAGCGGCAGCAACAACUCAACCGCCCACGAACACAAGUUUCAUCGCCAGUUUCCCUCCUGCACAGACGGCAAAAGCGGAUGACGACGACUUUCAGGACUUCCAGGAGGCUCCGAAGCCGGGAGCAGGAGACCAGGCUUUCGCUGACUUCCAGGGGGAGUCGGGGGGAAGUUUCCCCACCGCGAUUGCACCUCAGCACCAAAACAGCACGCCCGCCAUGCUGACUCCAGUGUCUGGUUCCUCCUCCGCCUCUGUCACAUCCUCUGAUAAGUACGCUGUGUUCAAGCAGCUGUCUGUGGAUCCACCUGCAGAGCCUACACCCCCUGCCUCAGAGAUUGGAGACAAAUACAGUGUGUUCAGACAGCUUGAGCAGCCUGCUGACAAGAAACCAGUCGGGGAAGGAUUUGCAGAUUUCAAGUCUGUCAGCGCUGAUGAUGGCUUCACAGACUUUAAAACCGCCGACAGCGUCUCUCCACUAGACCCCUCCGACCAGGCCAAGAUCUUUCCACCUUCCUUCCCCUCUGCUUUCCCAACCUCUCAGUCUCUGCAGCAACUUCCUCAGCAGCAACAGCCGGCGGUGUCACUUUCUCAGCCCAAAAAUCCUCUCAACAUGGCCGACCUGGACCUUUUCUCUUCUAUGGCUCCCUCCGUCCCCGCCCCCGCCGAGACCAAGCCCAGCACGUUCCCCUCUGUGUCCGUGCCCCCCUCUCUAGUGCUCCUUCCAGGCGGAGCCAAACCUCCAGGGGGAGCGGCCGACGAUUUCGGUGACUUUGCCCUCUUCGGCUCCUCCUCCGACGCCGCCCAAGCUUCGGCGGCGGGAGGAGCUGCGGCCGCGCCUCAAGAUGACUUCGCAGACUUCAUGGCGUUCGGCAGUUCGGGUGGCGAGCCCAAAGCCGAGAGCAGCUCCGGGGUCCAGGCCGAGACCUCCGCUCAGCAGCGGCCUCAGCAGAGCUCGGACAAGUACGACGUGUUCAAACAGCUGUCUCUGGAGGGGGGCCUGGCCUACGACGACGCAAAGGAGAGCGGCGGAGGCUCCUUUUCCUCUCUCAAGAGCGACACGGACGACUUUGCCGACUUCCAGUCCUCGAAGUUCUGCACGGCGCUCGGGGCUUCGGAAAAGACUCUGGUGGACAAGGUGACCGCCUUCAAACAGGCCAAGGAAGACUCUGCCUCCGUCAAGUCCCUGGACCUCCCGUCCAUCGGCGGGAGCAGCGUGGGAAAGGACGACUCGGAGGACGCGCUGUCAGUGCAGCUGGACAUGAAGCUGUCGGACAUGGGCGGAGACCUGAAGCACGUGAUGUCAGACAGCUCUCUGGAUUUGCCGGGUCUCUCGUCCCACCAGCCUCCUGCUACAGAAGGAGACGACAUGAAAUUUGACCCCUUUGGGACGUCGGGCCUCAGCACCUUGACCAGCUAUGACUGGUCAGAGGAAAGUCUGCCCGGUGAGGUCAGAAAGCCUCAAGGCUCUUUAGUCCCGACACAGAAGAAGGACCUGACCUUUGGCAGCACUGAAAACAUCACAAGCAGUUCCACAACAAAGAUCACCACCUCCUUCCCGGCGGACGACGGCUCGUCUGCAGACGACAAGUUUGAAGCCUUCGCUGACUUUGGGUCCGGCGAGCAGGGCGGCGGCGGCGGCGAUGACGACGACGACUUUGGAGACUUUGCGAGUACCGUGUCGGAAAAAUCCGAGGCGGGCUCAGAGGGGGACAAGCCUAAGUUUGGGAAGUCCGACUUCCUGAAAGCCAGCGCCCAGGCCAAAGUCAAGUCCAGCGAGGAGAUGAUCAAGAACGAGCUGGCAACCUUUGACUUGUCUGUUCAAGCUUCAGGAUCCCACAAACGCAGUCACAGUCUGGGGGAGAAGGAGAUCGGGCGUUCCCCGCCGUCUCCGGCGCCAGAGCAGCCCUUCAGAGACCGGUCCAACACCCUGAGCGAGAAGCCUGCCUUGCCUGUCAUCAGGGACAAGUACAAGGACCUGACUGGGGAGGUGGAGGAGAGCGAGCGCUACGCCUAUGAGUGGCAGAGGUGUCUGGAAAGUGCUCUGGAGGUCAUCACCAAAGCCAACAACACCCUGAACAGCAUCAGCAGCUCUACCGUUUGCACCGAGGUCAUCCAGUCUGCUCAGGGCAUGGAGUACCUGCUGGGUGUGGUGGAGGUGUAUCGUGUCACCAGGCGAGUGGAGCUGGGCAUCAAGGCGACAGCAGUGUGUUCUGAGAAGCUGCAGCAGCUGCUGAAGGACAUCAGCCGCGUGUGGAACAACCUCAUGGGCUUCAUGUCGCUGGCCAAGCUCGCUCCUGAUGAAAGCUCCCUCGACUUCUCCUCUUGUAUUCUGAGGCACGGCAUCAAGAAUGCCAAGGAGUUGGCUUGUGGAGUGUGUCUGCUGAACGUCGACGCUCGUAGCAAGAACAAAGAAGAAAGCACUAUCGGACGUCUGUUUAAACGAGCGUUCAACUCGGAGACGGACAAUUUCAAACUGCUGUACGGAGGCCACCAGUACCACGCCAGCUGUGCCAAUUUCUGGAUUAACUGUGUGGAGCCCAAACCCCCGGGCCUCAUCCUGCCUGACCUGCUCUGAGCUGCCAUGGUAACAGGGCACGGGCUAAUUAACAUCAAACAGUCGGAGCGUCCGGUCGCCUCAAACUGAGAGAAGGACGUUUAAAGUCACUGGAUCCCUCUCUAUUUAUUUUUAAACCUGAAAUCUCCCCGUCUGUGAACUCAUGUGCACAUCUUUUCUCUCAACAUUUACAAUUGAUGCUGUCAUUGUUACGCCUUUUGCUCGUCCAUCGAGACGUAGGUCAUAUUUAAAUCUAUUACUAAUGCUGCUAGAUUUCUACUGAUUGUCACUGCAGAAUCAAUAUUAUCAAAUAGCCACUGAUCAGUGAGUCAUGUUUAAAUUAUUAGGUGUGCAAUAUCAUUCAUUAAAUACACUGGCUGAGGACGCUGGUAAACAUGCUGAGUUUUUAAUGUCUUUUGCUGCUUUGCUUCGGUUUUGAAUUUUUUUUUUCCCCCUGAAUUUUAUUAAUGACUUCCUUUGUUCCCUUAAUAAUUCUACUUGAAUUGUAUUUGUGCGUCAGCUCUGUUUGAUGAAUCUCUGCGGUUGUCAUGGUUUUAGUCUUUUUAAAAAAUCUUUCAUUGCUACUCUGCUAGACGGCAGGUGUCCCUCUUUUUAUCCUUUGUCUUCAAUUAACUACUUUGAAUGUCUUUUGCACUGCUGGGGAGGGAAAACCUAAAAACCUCUUGGAGUAUUUAAAUAGUAUUUUAUAUGUAUUUCGGGGAGGGGGGGAAGUGCAAGUUUGGAACUUGAAGGGAACCAUGUUAACGGUUGUGUUUUUUUUCUUUGUCUUGGUGCCGUGUGCAGAGUUGAAUGUCUGGAAGAAAUCGACUAAAAUUACAGCAGCAUUAUCUGUAUAUUACAGUGACGUGCUGUGGCAUUGUAAUUACCACCAACUGUGAUGUGAAUGUCAUGUAAAUAAAUGUGUGUGCAUACAGUG